GGGAUCUCUUGACUGGAUGCUGAACAGGGAACAAGACCAGAGCAGAAAGAACAAGGGAUCUGCAGGAUUGCUCAGUGCACAGCUGGUGUUUUUCAAACCCAGUCUUGAUAAGAAACCCGUCGCAAGAUUGACAGCCUGCCGCUGCUGAUCAGAGAGACAGGACAGCAUGGAGAAGCAGUCUUUUCACUGCAGAAGAAAGGAAGAGAGAGAAGAGCUCUCCAGAUUGAAAUCCAGCCCUCAGCAUCCAGCCCCCCAACCAAUUCAAUAUGGCGUAGGUGCAUUCUUGGCCAUGGGACUCCUCCUCGGAGCCUUAGUGGCUGCAUUGUUUGGCUGCAUGGUUCCUCUGGAGAAGACAGAAAGGAUGAAGAUGGGACAGAUGGAUUUAAUGCAGGACGGGUUGACCAUUGAAAGCCAGACUGGAGAGGUGGUGUUCAGGCUGGUCUUCCUGUCAGGGUUCUUGGACCUGGAGUCUUGCUCGGAGAAAGGGGACAUUUUAACUUGUUCUAGGACCGACAAAGGAAUGUUUCAUUUUGCCAUCCAGACUAUCAGGCCUGAGAAAACUAUGACCUGUUAUUGUGUCAUUUGGAAGGAGCUUGCCACAAAUGCAAUGGUGGAACACAAAAUGUUCUGGGAUAAUGCCCAUUGGUAUGGGGGAUACGAGAUGAGUGUCCAACACUGGCCCAUUAGGCUACCAGGAUGUCAGGAACCUGUGCCCUUUGUGACUAGUGAUGUGUAUUCCUUCAGGAACAGCUUUGGAGGUGUUCAGGAGAGAUACUGGCUCUCCUCUAGAGCAGUAGCCAUCAAGAUUAAUGACUCUGUGCCCUUUCACCUUGGAUUCAAUGCCACCGAGAGGUCCCUCACCUUCCAAGCCAGAUAUAAAGAUUCUCCCUAUAGUCCUCCUCUGGAAGACCAGACUUCCCCAGAGCUGAGUUACCAGAUCUGCGUAGGUUCGGACAUCACUUCAGUCCACAAAUACGUAGCACAAAGCUAUUUCAAAAAACCUUUGAAGAUACCUUCCGAAAAGAUGUUCAGGUUUCCAAUCUGGUCAACAUGGGCCAUGUACAAAAAAGAGGUUGACCAAGAUAAAAUCCUGGAAUUUGCACAAAUGAUACAGAAGUACGGUUUCAGAUACAGCCACAUUGAGAUCGAUGACAUGUAUAUGGAGCAUUAUGGAGACUUUGACUUUGACCCCCAAAAGUUUCCUUGUGUAACAGAAAUGUUUGAAAAACUGAAGAAAGAGGGACUUAAUGUUACUGUCUGGAUCCAUCCCUUUGUGCAUAAAGAUUCCCCCAACUUUGAGGUGGGGAUAGAGAGACAGUUUUUUCUGACAGAGACAAUGGGGACACUCCCUGCCAUGGUGAAGUGGUGGAAUGGCAUUGGUGCCAUAUUGGAUUUCACCAACCCUUCAGCCAGAGAUUGGUUUCAGAGCCAGUUGGUGCAGCUUCACUCCAAGUAUGGCAUAUCAUCCUUCAAAUUUGAUGCUGGUGAAACAUGUUACCUUCCCAACCAUUUCAGAACCUUCCAGCCCUUGUCUGACCCUAGCAUUUGGUCCAGGCAUUAUGCCCAAAUGGCCAUUCCUUUUUAUGAGCUAGCAGAAGUCCGAGUUGGCUACCAAUCCCAGAAUAUUUCUUGUUUUGUUCGUAUUAUUGACCGGGACUCCAUCUGGGGUUAUGAACUGGGACUAAAGUCCUUAAUACCGACAGUCUUGACCUUGGGCCUUUUGGGAUACCCUUUCAUACUACCAGAUAUGAUUGGUGGGAAUUUUCUUCCAAACAAGACAGAAGGUGCUGUGGAUAUCCCCAAUAAGGAACUCUAUAUUCGCUGGUUGGAACUGUCUGCCUUCAUGCCGUCCAUGCAGUUCUCCAUCCCACCGUGGCUUUAUGACAGAGAGGUCAUAGACAUCGCCCUGAAGUUCACAAGGCUCCAUGAGUCUUUGGUGGCACCCCUCUUGUUGGAGUUGGCCGGGGAGAUCACGGACACCGGUGACCCCAUCAUCCGUCCCAUUUGGUGGAUAUCACCCAACGAUGAGUCUACGCACAAAAUAGACUCCCAGUUUCUCAUUGGGGACACCUUGAUGGUAGCUCCUGUCUUGGAGAUGGGCAAACAAGAGCGAGACAUCUAUAUCCCAGCUGGCAAAUGGCGCAGUUAUAAAGGAGAGUUGUUUGACAAGACGCCUAUCCUGUUGAAGGACUAUCCUGUCAGCUUGGAUGAAGUGGCCUAUUUCUUUUGGGUUUCUUAAGUUGCUUCAGGUUAGGGCCAUAUAAAGGACUUUUUAAAAAAAAUGACAAUUAUAAAUAAAGGUUAGAAAGAGGUUUUUAAAAUUGUGAUUGCUGUUCUACAGUGGAAUAGAACUGUGGAAUAGACUUACAGGGUUGUGGACUUCCCAUCUUUGGAGGUCUUUAAACAGAGAUUGGAUGGCCAUCUUUCAGGUGUAGUGUAUUUUUACAGUACAUGCCAGAGGAUUAGACAAGAUGGCUCUUAUGAUCCCUUGUUGCCACACUGCAGAAUUAAUGCAGUUUAACACUACUUUAACUGUCAUGGCUCCAUCCUGUGGACUCCUGGGAUUUGUAGUUUGUUGCGGCACCAAAGCUCUUUAGACAGAGAGGACUAAAUGUC